CAAGUUGGCAGCGCCGCCAUUAUUUGUUGGUUUUUUGUUGUUGCUGGCUUUUGAGUUUUUAUAUUUUAUUUUUCUAGAACAAUAAUGCAAGCGUAAAUUCCAGUUAAGAGGCGUUUUUGUGUGGAAUCCAAACAGCAAGAGGAACCAGCCAUUGAACCAGGAAGCUCGCACACACCGAAAGUCCGGCGAGGCAUGAGCAGAGAACACAGAAACGGAGCAGCAAGUGGACAAAAAAGAAUGCAGCCAAAAGUUCGGGGACUUUCUCGAAAAUUCUCGUAGCACCGACAACGAAAAUCCAGAUUGCCACCGAUAAAACCGAGGAGCUGGAGACAGGAUCCGGAGGAAUGGCAGCCGGCAGGGAGCUCUACUGCUGGGGGAGCACAUCCCACGGCCAAUUGGGACUUGGCGGCAUUGAGGAUGAGCAGAUCCUCACGCCCAGCCAGAUCCCCUGGUCACCGGACUCCGCCGUGCUGCAGGUGGCCUGCGGACACCGGCACACCCUCUUCCUGACCGCCAGCGGAAAGGUCUACGCCUGCGGCAGCAACGACCACUCCCAGCUGGGUCACGAACUGCCCACCAAAAGGCCACUGCUCAUCCCCGAACUGCAGGACUAUGUGGUCAUCCAGAUCGCCUGCGGCAGCCGCCACUCGCUGGCCCUCUCCGACUGGGGUCAGGUUUUGAGCUGGGGCGACAACGACUGCGGCCAACUGGGACACGCCACCGACCAGGACAUCGUGCAGCUGCCCAAGGUGGUGCGCCAACUGGUCUCCAAGACGGUCGUGCAGAUCGCCUGCGGCAACAAUCACAGCCUGGCGCUGACCAGUUGUGGUGAACUCUAUUCGUGGGGCUCCAACAUCUAUGGCCAGCUGGGCGUGAAAUCGCCCAAGGAGCUGACGCACUGCAACCAUCCCUUGCAGCUGACCACUGUGCUGGGAAUUCCGCUGGCCGCCAUCGCUUGCGGAGGCAAUCACUCGUUCCUAAUCUCCAAGUCCAGUGCGGUGUUUGGCUGGGGCAGGAACAACUGCGGCCAGCUGGGGCUCAAUGACGAGAUGAACCGCAACUAUCCCACGCAGCUGAAGACGCUGCGCACCCUGGGCGUUCGAUUUGUGGCCUGCGGCGAUGAGUUCUCCGUCUUCCUGACCAACGAGGGAGGCGUGUUCACCUGCGGAGCUGGCGCCUAUGGCCAGUUGGGCCAUGGCUUCGGCUCCAACGAGAUGCUGCCGCGCAUGGUGAUGGAGCUAAUGGGCAGCACCAUCACCCAGGUGGCCUGUGGCAAUCGGCACACCAUGGCGCUGGUUCCAUCGCGUGGCAGGGUCUAUGCCUUUGGCUUGGGCAGCUCCGGGCAGCUGGGAACAAGGAGCACCAAGAGCUUGAUGCUGCCACAGGUGGUAAUCGGUCCCUGGGUGUCGCCCAGUGGAUCAGCGCUGUUGCAGUCGAACGAUGCGAAGGUCUCGGUGGUCAUCCAUCAGAUUUUCUCGGGCGGAGAUCAGUCCAUAGUGACCACCACUCUGUUUAUGGACAAGCUGCCGCCCGAGGAUUUCAGGAACUACAGACCCAAAUCGCAGAUUCUGGCCCUAACAGCAGACGUCACUAAGCAAUGUGCGCAUUUCAAGCAGAGUGAUCAAAGCGACAUGGAUCUGCUGAGCUCCAUUGAGCUGAUCUUCAAGAGUCAGGCCUGUUGGAAUGGUUCCUUCCUCUUGGAUCACGAGAGGCACUUUGGCUGCUCUGUUCGUAAUCAUGGUUUGGAUCUCGAGGCGGCUCAAUUGGCAUUUGACAAUCUGCGCGUUGUGGAAAAUGAGUCCAUUAAGCAGGUGAUCUGGGACAAUAUAACCAAGGAGCUAGUGGGUUCGCUAGUUAGCUCGCCAGCGGAUGUGGAAAGCAUGCGUUUGUACCUCCUGUUGCCGCUCUACCAUGAGUUUGUCAACUCCAAGCACUACAAGGCACUGCAGGUUCCGUUCGCCAUUGCCAUAUUCAAGCUGACGGAGAAUCCGCGCAAGGUGCUGAUGAAGUGGCUCUCGCAAACGCCGGCUGAAUACUUUGAGCAUCUUGUCCAGAACUUCUUGCAUGUCGUAGUGCACAUUAUCAGCUUCAAAAUGGGCUUGGCGGCGGUCAAUCCCAGCGCCGAAAGGCGUCAUAGGCUACUGCCAUACAACAAGGAACUGGAGGUGAUCCUGAAGCUGAUGCAGACGCUCUGCGUGAUUAACAACCUGCGCGACGAGCGCCUCAGCUACCAAACCUUCUACUGGCCCGAUCUCGCCGACUAUGCGGACGUGCAGCAGGAGUACGUCAAGUGGAUCAUGGCCGACACUGCCAGCGAAUUCAAUAUUUGCAACUUUUCAUUCCUCUUCGAUCCGCCCGCCAAGACGGCGCUGCUCCAGGCGGAUCAGGCGCUGCAGAUGCACUCCGCCAUGGCCAAUGCGGCCACCAAUCAAGCUUUCCACUUCUUCAACUACGGCAUGCCCAUCUCACAGUUCAUUGUGCUAAACGUGACGCGGGAGAAUCUGGUGCAGGAUUCCCUCAGGGAGUUGCAGCGCUACUCGCAGAGUGAUCUCAAGAAGCCGCUGAAGAUCAAGUUCCAGGGCGAGGAGGCCGAGGAUGCGGGCGGCGUGCGCAAGGAGUUCUUCAUGCUGCUGCUGAAGGAUCUGCUCGAUCCCAAGUACGGCAUGUUCAAGGAGUUCGAGGAGUCGCGUCUGCUGUGGUUUGCAGAUCUCACUUUUGAGACGGAGAACAUGUACUUCCUCAUUGGCGUGCUCUGUGGCCUGGCCAUCUACAACUUUACCAUCAUCAAUUUGCCAUUUCCAUUGGCUCUUUACAAGAAGCUACUGGGCAAGUCGGUAGAUCUCAGCGAUCUCCGCCAGCUUUCGCCGCCGGAGGCCAACUCCAUGCAGUCGCUGCUCGACUACCAGGGCGAGGACUUCAAGGAAGUCUUCGAUCUGACCUUUGAGAUAACGCGCGACGUGUUUGGCGAGGCGGAGACCAAGUGCCUUAAGCCUGGGGGAAGUGAAAUAGCCGUAACGCUGGAGAACAAGCAAGAGUUCGUAGAUCUGUAUGUGGACUUUGUGUUCAACAAGUCCGUCGAGCUGCAUUACACCGCCUUUCACAAGGGCUUCAUGAAGGUAUGCUCGGGUCGGGUGAUUCAGAUAUUCCAGCCGGAGGAGCUGAUGGCCGUCGUGGUGGGCAACGAGGACUACGACUGGCAGGCGCUGCAGGACAACUGCGAGUACCGCGAGGGCUACACUUCGGGCGAUGAUACAAUCAAAUGGUUCUGGGAGGUCAUUCACGAUCUCUCGGAGGCGGAGAAGAAGAGCUUCCUGCUCUAUUUGACCGGCAGCGAUCGCAUACCCAUCCAGGGCAUGAAGGCCCUUAAACUCACCAUUCAACCCACCCCGGACGAAAGAUUCCUGCCUGUGGCUCACACCUGCUUCAAUAUGCUGGAUCUGCCGCGUUACCAGACCAAGGAGCGCCUCAAGUUCAAGCUACUGCAGGCCAUCCAGCAAACUCAAGGCUUCAGCCUGGUCUGAUCUUGG